AUGACACGGCUGGCUACGCAGGCUGCCCCAGGCAAAGAACAGCUGCACGUCGCCAAGUCGGAAACCCCAAAGAACAUGACACGGCUGCCUACGCAGGCUGCCACAGCUAGUGAAAGAAAUUUUGGAGAACAGUUUCUUCACUUGUAUCUUGUGGAGGGAAGACCAACAGUUCGAUUCAGCUGUGGAAACUCUCAGAACAUUCUGACUGUAUCUGUCAAUCAAUCCAUUAGCAAGGGUAUACCCAUCCCUAUCACAAUAAGCUAUAUGUUGCCUGUGAGCAGUCCUGAAGGUUACUGUAUGAUUGAAAUGGCUGCAGAUGGAAAUCCUCCUGUACAACACAGACUUUCUCUCUCAUAUCAAGCAUCUCAGAUCACCUUUGGAUCAAUCUUCCUUGGAAAUGUUCCUGUUCAUGAAGAGGUUCAUCGAUGUGCUGGGCAGAUACAUGGCUAUAAAGGAUGCAUUAGGGAUUUUCAAGUUAACAACAAAGAGUUGUUCAUCAUAGAUGAGGCUCUUGGAGGGAGGAAUGUUGAGAACUGCAAUGUUCCAAUAUGUGAUUAUCAUCCAUGUCACAAUGGUGGGAUCUGCACCAGUGAUGCAGAAAAUUGGUUUUGUGAAUGCCCUAAACUCUACUCUGGAAAACUCUGCCAGUUUGCGACUUGUGAUGAAAAUCCAUGUGGAAACGGUGCUACGUGUUUUCCAAAGUCCAGACGAGAUGCUGUUUGCCUUUGUCCAUACGGAAGAUCUGGCAUCCUCUGCAGUGAUGGUCUGAAUGGAGACGAUUUCUUGGAGUUAGGCCUCCGUAAUGGCAGAGUAGUGUAUAGCUACAAUCUAGGUUCUGGCACAGCAACAAUCAUUAGUAAACCACUUGAUCUAACACUCAAUAUUCAUGUCAUCCAUCUUGGCAGAUAUCUUCAAAAAGGCUGGCUGAAGGUGGAUGAUCAGAAGAAUAAAACUGUCACUUCUCCUGGCAGACUGGUUGGACUCAAUGUCUUCAGUCAGUUUUAUUUAGGAGGCUAUCAUGAGUAUACACCAGAACUCCUACCAAAGGGAUCCAGAUUUAAGAAUGGCUUUCAAGGUUGCAUUUUUGAUGUUCAAGUUCGCACCAGCACAAAUCAAGAGUUUAAGUCACCAGGGACUCCAGAAGGUCACCCCAAUUCUGGUCGCAGUGUUGGACAAUGCAAAGAUUCCCCAUGCAGUUUAAUAAAAUGCAGAAAUGGUGGGAAGUGCAUAGAAGGUGGCUCUACUGUUUACUGUGAGUGCCUCACUGGAUGGAAAGGUGCAUUUUGCACAGAAACGGUGUCAGUAUGUGAACCAGAGCACAAUCCUCCACAUCUGUGUAAGCAAGGUGGUACCUGUGUGCCGCUGCCUAACGGCUACACAUGUCACUGUCCUCUUGGAACAACCGGUACCUACUGUGAACAAGGGACUAUGGGUCCUGACCAAAUGCUUUGCCCUGCAUUUCACCUUACUCUGGCAGAAUAA